AUGGCUUACCCUCCUGGCGGUACCUUCUUCGACACUCUGAAGCGUAGCUUCACCGAUGUCCCCGUCGAGUCUGGCAAGAUUGCCACUUCUCAGUUCCUCGAGGCUGCUGAGAGCUUGACCACUCUCUUCGAUGUCCUCGGUUCGACCGCCUUCAAGCCUGUCAAGUCGGACAUGACUGGCAACAUCAAGAAAAUCCGUGACCGUCAACUCGCUGCUCCCGUCGACUCAGAGAACCUCCAAGACCUCGUUCGCAACGAGCUCGCAACCAAGAAGCACGUCGCAACUGAGGGUCUUGUCUGGCUGAACCGUGCUCUCGACUUCACCGCCCAAGCCCUCCGCCAGAAUCUCAGCAACAGUGGUGAGGAAGUCAGCGUCUCAUUCCGUGCCGCAUACGGCAACACCCUCAGCAAGCACCACAGCUUCCUCAUCAAGCCUGUCUUCAGCGCUGCCAUGAGCGCCACCCCUUACCGAAAGGACUUCUACGCCAAGCUCGGUGACGACCAGGCUCGCGUCGAGAAGGAGCUCGGUGCUUGGUUGACCAGCCUCGAGAACAUUGUCAAGACAUUGAACGACUUUUUGGCCACAAAGGAGGCCAAGUGGUAA